AUGUGUAGUGGAAUAGAGAGUCAACAGUCCUUGGUAUCUGCUCUUUGUAAAUUUGUGGGCGCUGUGAAAAAUAUGGAUGAAGCUGUGAUGAUACCAAGUAAACUAAGAGAUAUGGAAGUUGGCGAGACUGAUCUGGCAAUAUUAGAACCUAAUAACAACAAAUCAGACCUACCUAAAAUGCCCACUGGAGCAGAUUUGUACAGUUUUUAUUCUAUGUUAAACACAGUUAAACACGAAAUUAUUUCAGGAUCGGCAUCCCGACUUGACACAAGCAGUGAAAUGGACGAUAAUGCUAACGAUAGUUCUAAGGAAACCGCCGAUGCCUUCAGACAUCACUUAAAAGGAAUCUUCAAACUUCUGCACCAGUUGACAGAAACAGCCGAAUUUUUAAAGAGUAGAUAUGAAGGCGAAGUGAAACCAAAUACAGAAACCUCCAGGCCGUUGCAUUUGUGA